AAGUGGUGAGGCUAGUUCUGACAGCGAUCAACAGCGACUAUUGGUCGCGAAAUUUGUUAAAUUUUAGAUGUACUGUUGUUGAUAAGUAAUUUAAAUCUUUACUUUCGUCUUUUGUUUGUGAAUCGAUACAAAAACGUAACUGUUAAAUAGACGAUAGAGAGCCACGAGUAUUUGAGAAUAUUUGAUUAAACGAACGCAUCAAAAUGUACGUUAAAGUGCGAACAAUAGAUGGUAAACAGGAGGCAAUACUGACUAUCUCUAAAUUGACUGAGGUGGAAGACUUUAAGCACGAAAUUGAAAAAGAAUUUAAUGUGAAAGCUGAUUUGCAAAGAUUGUUUUUUCGUGGAAAACAGUUAGAAAAUGGUUAUAAGCUUCAUGAUUACAAUAUCAACUUAAAUGAUGUAAUUCAGUUAAUGACGAGAGUAAAUGUUGAUGAUGCAAAAAUCAAAGCUACCUCUAGUAGUACUACAAGUUCUACUACUACGAGUUCUACUACUACUAAUUCUAAAUCUGAAACAGACAAUAUAGAUAAUUCUAACGAAGAUGAGACACUUGUCGAAGCUGAAAGUUUAUAUUAUAAAGAUGGAGAUGCUGUAGAUUGUCUUGAUCCAACUUAUGGAGCCUGGUUCGAGGCAAUAAUAUUAAAAAUCUAUAAAAAGGAAGAUAAACUUAUUUAUAAUGUACGUUGGGAAUUUGACGACAAUGCACCACAUUUUAAUGUACCUGAAUUAUCUGUAAGACCACGCGCGAGGCGCCUUAUGCGGUUUGAUGCCUUAAAAAUAGGUGAUAAAGUAAUGAUCAAUCAUAAUGUUGAUGAUCCCAAAGAGACUGGGCUGUGGUAUGAUUUCACAAUAUCAAAAAUAGAUAAAAAGAGAAGAGUACAGGAACUUACAGGAACUCUUCAUAUUGGAAGGGAUCAGCAACUCGAAAAUCGUAAAGUAAAUCCAAAAAGUGAAAUUUUCGCAAUAGAAGAGGCCAAACUUCUUAAAGAUAGAACCCCUGAAGAUGAACAGCACAUGAUCAGUAAUGGUAAACGAAGACGCGUACAAGCUAAUUGUAAUGCAUGUUCGGAUAAUCCUCGCACGAAAUGUAAGGAAUGCGGUUGCAGAGUAUGUGGUGGAAAAGAAGAUGAACAUAAUCUUCUAUUAUGCGAUGAAUGUAACAACGCGUAUCACUUACGAUGUUUAAAUCCCCCGUUAACGUCUAUACCAGAAGAAGAUUAUUGGUAUUGCGCAGAAUGUAAAAAUGAUGAAAACGAGAUUGUAAAGGCAGGUGACAAAUUGAAGCAGACGAAAAAAAAAACCAAUGAAAAUAGUAACAGUAAACGAGAUUGGGGUAAGGGAAUGGCAUGUGUGGGAAGGACAAAAGAGUGUAGUAUAGUACCACCAAAUCAUCGCGGACCUGUUCCAGGAGUAGAAGUUGGAAUGUGUUGGAUAUACAGAGUACAAGUAUCCGAAGUUGGUGUACACAGACCGCAUAUAGCUGGAAUUCACGGACGCGAAACUGAUUGCGCAUAUUCCAUCGUGUUAUCCGGUGGGUACGAGGAUGAUAUUGACAAUGGCGAUGAAUUUAUGUAUACUGGGUCUGGAGGAAGGGACUUAUCAGGGAACAAAAGAACGGCUGAACAGAGUUGUGAUCAAACAUUGACUAGAAUGAAUAAGGCUUUAGCAGUAAAUUGCAAUGCCAAACUUAACGCAACUGUUGGUGCUACAGCCGAAGAUUGGAGGGGCGGUAUACCCGUAAGAGUAGUAAGGAACUUCAAGCUUGCUAAACAUAGUAAAUACGCACCUGAGGAAGGCAACAGGUACGACGGUAUAUAUAAAGUGGUAAAAUAUUAUCCAGAUACAGGUAAAAGUGGCUUUCGUGUAUGGAGAUAUUUAUUAAGAAGGGAUGAUCCUGCACCCGCACCAUGGACUAAAGAGGGCAAAGAACGGAUAGCUGCAUUAGGUUUCAAGCCAAUGUAUCCAGAUGGAUACUUAGAAGCAAUGGCAAAAAAUAAAACAAAUAAGAAACGAAACGAGUUUACAGAACAACAAAAUUCUAUUGCUUCAAUACUAGAGGAACCACCUAAAAAGAAACGAAAACGCGAAGCUUAUAAAUUAGAAAUCGAACUAGAGAAAUUGAUUAACGAAGAUCAAGGAAAUGCGAAGUUGUGGGACGAAUGUCGUACAGCUUUAUCAAAUGGAAAAGCUGCGUUUUUACAACAAGUAUCGGAAAGGUUCAUAUGUCCUUGCUGUUUAGAAGUGGUUUUUAAUCCAGUAACGACUCCGUGUGCGCAUAAUAUUUGCCAUGUUUGUUUAAAACGUAGUUUUUCAUCUGGUGUACAUUGUUGCCCAUCGUGUCGUCAUUUGUUAGACAAAAAUUAUAAGAUGGAAAUCAAUCAAUCUUUAUCAUCUUCAUUGUUAUUACUUUAUCCAGGCUACGGGGGUGGCAGAUAACAUUAACUUUUCAUGAAACGAUUACCUUUCAAAUACGAAUUAAUAUUUACCUAGACUGUAUUACGUAAUAUUCCUGUAACGAAUGGUACUGAACUACGAGUGAUUUGUUAUAAUAUAUAUACAUUCGUAUAAGUAUGGCAUAUGUAUGCCUAUAUUGCUUAAUAUAUCAUAGCAAAUUUUGCAGGCAUAUAAAAUUUGCGUAUGUAAUCCACCGAAACAAUAAUGAACUUUAUUAUCACUAAUACUUAUAAUAAUAAAAAUGACUGAUGAUAAUAUUAAUAAUACGAGGAUAAGGAUAAUAUUUUCAUUGCAGGGAGAACAAAAUUUGUAGGAAAUGAAGAAAACACACAUGAUUAAUAGUUAUAGUACUUAUUUUUAUAUUGAUUUAUGUAAGUUUUACUCUUGUAGUUGUACGUAGUAUCAGAUAUGGAAAUACUUCACUAAACUGCUAUUACUUAAUGCUUACUUCUAUAUUCAUGUAUACAUAUCAAUGUGUUCAGAUUGAUUUCAGUUAUAGUACUUUUAAUUUUAUAUUCUAAUAAAACAAUUUGUUUCCUGGUAAA